AAUUCCACUGGAAGAGCAGAGCCAAGCAGCAAAAAUCUCUCUCAAGUGCCAGUGUGUUUCACCGAAUAGGCUGUGAGGAUUCAAUCGAUUCAUACAUCUCCUUCCCAUUCCUCUCUCUCUCCCCCUCUCUCUCCCUCUCUUUCGCUUCGAUCGAAUCGUCCAGCCUUUCUUCAUCUCUUCUUCUUCUUCUUCUUCGAAUUCCAUCAGACUGUUUUAGGGCUCAGCCAUGUGCUUCCUUUGAGUACAGGCUGCUCAGCGCCUAAGCUACGUACUAGAGGGUGGAGUUUGCCUAGGCUCGUAUGAGAUUGCGAUGCAUGGCAAACUCAUCAGUCCUGCAGCGGAGGAUGUAGCACAUAUUUGAACUCGUGUUUGAAUACGCUUAUUGCAAAAUGGAAUAUGAAUCUGUGGAGCUUUUGGGUGGCGAAUGAAAAACUAGUCAACAAUGACUGGACCAACCAUGGAGGGAUGGAUGGUGCGUUAUGGCCGUCGCAAGAUUGGCCGGUCAUAUUUCCAUAAACGUUAUUUUGUGCUGGAAUCCCUGAUUCUUGCGUAUUACAAGCGACAGCCAUCUGCCAACGAGAAGAAGCAGAGUAUGCACCAAAAUAAUAGUUGUAAAAAUUCCAGAAGAGUUUCACUGCUAGGAAGAGUAUUUAAUAGCCAACUUACGAGUCAUACUGCUCUGGAAUUCUCUAUGAAACUGCGGUCCGGAAGGAACAGGAAGAUUUAGUGCUAAACGCUAGAUCUGUUUGAAAUGCUUGAAGGGAUCGUCUCUCUAUUCAUUACCGUUGCUAAUUGGAGCAUGUUCCCAUCAAAACUCUUCCUAUUGAUGGAAAUUGUCGAGUUGAAGAUCGAGGGCUUGAGACUCAUCACGGCCACGUGAAAGUUUUUGGAAUAUAGCGCCAAGAGAAACGAGUUUUUGCAAAUUAAUGGUACAACUUAGUGAGUCAUCUUGUGACGAUUGCGAGCAAGGUGAUAUUUGUGGGUCAGAACUAGCCGGAUGCCUUCUCUUUUUGAAGACAUAUUCCCUUCAGAAAGCCCCCAGAGAACUAGCAACACUUCGUGUGGAGCGUAUUAAUGGACAAUCUGAUGAAAUGAAUAGUCCGCAGACAGAAGAUGCGAAAUGGCCUGUAUAAAAUAAGAAUGUCUCGCUGUGGGAGUCGAGAUAAAGACUGUGUAUGUUUUGUCUGUAAUCAACAAGAAGGAACCAUCUCACCGUAUUACGAUGGCAGCUUUUAACGUGCAGGAUGCAUCUGCAUGGAAGGAAGCUUUAGAACAGGUCAUUGAUCAGUAUUUGAAUCUGCAUACAACGAAUGGGAGCAUGACCUUUCCACCUUCUGUGUGCAAAACACAGGAAGAUCCGGACCGAGAUGCAUCAUCCUCAGACCAUGAUAGCCAGGGUAAUAGUGGCAAGUCUCAACCUGAUGAUGAUGAUGACGAUAAGAAGCAAAACCAUCAUCGUAAUAGGACUGUUGGAAAUGGUAUGUCAGUGAACUGGUUUGCGCAUAAUCAAUGUAUUGAAUCGAUAGAGGAUUGGAGUAGGGGUAUAGAUCCAAGGUGGAGUAAUCUGAAUGCGGAUGCGGCUGCUUCUGCAAGAAGACACUGGCACCUUGUCCGUUGUCAGAAUGGGCUCAGAUUUUUUGAAGAAGUUCAGGAUGGCGUUCAAGCUGGCCGAUGCAAGGGAAUGAAGGCAGUUGGAGUGGUGGAAGCUUCCUGUGCAGAUAUUUUUGAGCUUAUCAUGGGCAUUGACGAAACACGCUAUGAAUGGGACUGCAGCUUUCAUGAAGCCCGUUUAGUGCAGGAAGUUGACGGACACACUACUAUUCUUUAUCAGCGUCUCCAGUUAGACUUUCUUCCCAUGUUUUUAUGGCCUCGUGAUCUUUGCUAUUUGCGCUAUUGGCGUCGCAACGAUGAUGGAAGCUAUGUUAUUUUGUUCCGGUCGAAGGAGCAUCCUAGUUGUCCCCCAGAGCCAGGUUGCGUUCGAGCACACAUUGAAAGUGGAGGUUUUACUAUCUCUCCUCUAAAAUCUCAUCCAAAUGGAGACCCCCGGGCACGAGUGCAGCAAUUAGUGCACAUUGACUUGAAGGGUUGGGGUGCAAACUACCUCCCUCUCUGUCAUUAUCAUUCUGUUAUUCAGAUUCUUAACAGUGUUGCUGGUCUUAGGGAGUGGUUUGCACAAAGGGAUGGAAACUGUUCUCUACCAUCUGUGCCAAGGAUACCUAAAUUAGGCACUGCAAAGACGAGAAAGCGAAGUGCACUUCAGAAUGUUGCCUCAUUACCUGAGAUGCCCUCAGCAGGUCAAUCCAAUUAUGAUGAGUCUGAGUACGAUGAUGACGAUAUGCAGUUCUAUGCUGAUUCAGAGCCCAACUUUAUAUCGAAGAAUUUGAAUGCAACAGAAUCAGUGUCGGAGCCACCUCCUGUAUCUCUGGAUUUGUCAAUGUUAUCAGGCAACCUUGGCAAGGGCGAUCUUGAUAAUGGCAAGAACUGCUGGAGUAUCCCGGACUGCAAUAAUUUCCGCGUUCGAAGCAAGCACUUUCUAAUUGAUCGUUCAAAGACUGCUGCAGGUGAACCAUUAAUGCAGCUCGUGGCAGUCGAUUGGUUCAAAGACAUCAAGCGUAUUGAUCAUGUUGCCAAGAGAAAAGGCUGCGUUGCUCAGGUGGCGGGAGAGAUGGGACUCUUUACAGUAGCGUUUAAUGUCCAGGUACCAGCAGCGUCUCACUACAGCAUGAUCUUCUACUUUGUUGCACCUAAGGCGCCUCAAGGGUCACUUCUGCAACGCUUUGUGGAUGGAGAUGACAAUUUUCGUAACAGUCGCCUCAAACUCAUUCCUUCUGUUCCCCAGGGAUCAUGGAUUGUAAGGCAGAGUGUGGGUACUACGCCUUGCAUUCUUGGCAAAGCAGUAGAUUGCACUUAUUAUCGUGGUUCCAAUUACCUUGAGGUUGAUAUCGACAUUGGGUCAUCAACAGUAGCUAAUGGUGUACUUGGGCUUGUAUUUGGUGUCGUGAGUGCGCUAGUUGUUGACAUGGCUUUUUUGAUUCAGGGGAAUGGCAUGGAAGAACUUCCAGAGCGCUUGAUUGGCGCUGUGCGUGUAUCGCGUUUGUCACUUGCAUCUGCAACCACACCGCCUGAAGCUGAUUGAUUUUUCUGCUUACGAAUUGAAGUGUAGGUCAUUUAUACGAAAUUCUUUGAAUCAUUAAGGUUGGUUCAAGGAAGUCCUCUUUUUGCGUGAUUCAUUCUUUCAAUGAUGUAGGAUCGGCCAUUCAAUUCUCGGUUUAAUUAGAAACACAAUUUAUGUACUAAGUAGGUUUAAGUAAAUACGUGACUAAUGAUCGUGUUCACGAAUCCCAUAAAUUGAGUUCUUUCAAAAGGAUUCGUCUCAUUUGUACCGUGUAUUGGAAUUCAAACAUAUAUGUAAUGAUUAUGAAGAGCUAUGUCAAUUCAGAUCU